UAGUGUCCGUCUGCGUUUCUUCGGCUCAAACUGGCGGAAUAAGUAACGCACUUUUUGGCCUGACUGCAUUUAAUCCCCUUAUUUGUGUACAAAUUGGGAGAAAGCACACCUAACUACCUGUCACGAUGUUGGCUACAGUCCGCAAGCAACUGAGGAGCCACCCGGCUCUGAUCCCACUCUUCUUCUUCAUUGGCGGAGGUACAGUCAUGUCCUUGAUGUACCUGGCUCGCCUGGGACUGAGGAACCCAGAUGUCUGCUGGGAUCGCAAGAACAACCCCGAGCCGUGGAACAAGAUGGCCCCGACUGAUCAGUACAAGUUCUACGCAGUCAACAUCGACUACAGCAAACUGAAGAAACAAGGGCCCGACUUCUAAAGCGUCUCUCAUCUGCCGGACCAAACGCACAAGCACACUCUUGGACGCGUCGGGGUGCCAGCGGCGAAACCCGCACAAUGUUUCAUAUUUAAGCUUCCUCAUCGCAUACCCCUUUUUUUGUUGAAAACACCGCUCGUCUUCAGUUUUGGCUGUGAGUCAAUAAAGUGAAAGGAGUCUUUUCUCCUCCUGACAAGAGAAAA